GAUUGUGGGUUACUUAUGAUGCUGAGAUUUCGUUGACCGAGAAAAGACUUUCAACUAUUUUUUAUUUAGAAGAGAGAUGUUCAAAUCGCCACUAAGAAAAUGUGUUUUAUAAAUCGUGUUCUAUUCACCUGUAAUUCUCAUCCCGUUUUUCACGGAAAUUCAUGCAAACUAUUUAAACAAGGAUACUAUCUUCCUUUAGCCGUGUCGUGCUGACCACAGCAACACCUGCUGUCCGACACUCACUACAGGUCGAGCACCUGCUCGCCAAGAAUCAGGAAGCUAAAAAGUAAUUCUCCUUUUUUAAUUGAAGUAGAUUCAUUUUGGCGGCAUUUUAACCAGCAGCAGAUGGAAUAUUUCUACCUCACUCUCGGCUUGUUCUUAGUUCUAUCGUCCAUGAAAGGAUGAAAUGGAACAAUGGCGUAGGAACUGUCUUCAAACUGAACAGAAACUCUUGAACGUGUGCCACACUGAGAAAACACCCGGAUGGAGAAUCGUCAGAUGUACAUGCAACAGGGAACUUUGCAAUACAGCUUCAGAAAUCAUUCCAUCUUCUUUCAUUAUGAAAUGUUUAAUAAUUGUGUUGUGGAUGUUGCUCAUUAAGAGAUAAAGCAAACUAAUUCCUUAUUAAAAUUGAAUGUUUGGAGAAGAGCUCUCAGUGCCCAAUUAUAAUGAAGUUGGUUGGUCCAAUUGUAAUAUAUCGAAUUCCGGUUUAGUGCCACUUAUAAAAAUCUGAAGUUCAAAGUUUUCAAAGUCUAAAAUUCAUAAUUAAAAGAAUCGUAACUGAAAUUGGGCCUAGAGUCUGAAUUUCGAUUUAGUGUCUCUUAUAAAAAUGCUCAGUUUAAAGUUUAGAAACUUAAAAUGUCUCAAUUAAAAAAGUUGCAUGAUUAAAAAAUAUAUUCUAAAAUGUUUGCAACACGUGUAUAAAUUUUAAAAUUUUUACUUUUCUCGAUA